AUGGCGCAUAGCCUAGGCGGCAGCCUGGUCAAGGGUGCCUUGGUUUUUUCAGAUCUGGAGCAGGAGAAGUCCUCCAGUCCACUUCACAUCAUCAGUGCUGCAACACGCGGAGUAUUCUUCAUGGACACAACGGAGCUAGGCAUAAACACUAAUGGAAUGCAACAAGUGUUGCGCAGCAUUGAAGGCUCAAGCCAAGAGAACAGCGACAGUUGCAAAGAGGCAAAAUGGUUGCUAGCUAUUUUAAACCAAUACGUGUCACACAGUGCCAAGUAUCGCAACGUUUAUGUCUCGCCUCGACAGGGACAAGAGGCAAUUCAAAAAUCAGAGACAGAGGACGUAUCGUCGUCGCAGUUCAAUUCUUCAUAUAUUGUGAUUGAUGCUGACCAUAGCAACAUCAUCAAGUUCAACUCGCCCGAGGAUGCGGGCUACUUGAAGAUCAAGGACGAACUUCUUGACAUACUUCAAGUAUCAAGUUCGAGUGCUAGACACAUAUCCUGGGCUAAAUAA